AUAUACGGUCUGGUUUAUAUGCAGAGAGCGGGGGGAGAGACCCAGGACGGCCAGGGGUAAAGACAGGUCAGGCGGGCGGGCAGGAGGGGGCGAGAGGAGGGAGGACAGAAGGAAGGAGGGGGCGGUGAGGAGCGGAGCUGCGAUGCAGACAGCAGAUCACAUGAGCACGGAUCUGUUUACAAACUGAAGUGGAGCACGGAGACGAGGAAGAACAGAGGAGCGGAGUGAACGUGAGAGGAAAGGACGAGAGAAGAGAGGAGAGGCUGGAUCCACAUUAGCCGCAGUGUGUCAAACCCCCAGGAAGAGAUGAGGAGCUGCUCUCCAACAUUACCGAGGCUCACUGACUGACUGACUGCCUGUCUGCCGGGGGAACCCAUCCAUGUCCUUCCCUUUGUCUCUCCAUAAUUGGCCACGGCAGGUUUGCACAGCCUAGACAGGAGGACAGCGACGUGAAGGUCUGGAGAAGAGAGGAGAGAGUGACAGAGGAGAGAAAGAAGGAGAAGAGAGAAAGAGAGAGAGAGAGAGGGGGAGCCUCGUAACGAUGUUCUGAAGAGGAGACAAAGCUGAACAGCAGGGAGUCGUGCUCGGCCAGAGGUUUUGUUUUUACCAGAGCGCUGGAUUGGAUUUGGACUUUAUUUCCUCAUACUGUCUGUGACAUUGGAGUCUUUUCAUCCACCUCGCCCACAGGAUCGUCUCCAUGCUGAGGGAAGACACAUCUGGGAGGCUAAAUCUCAACUGAGGUGGAUGUUUUACACUUAAUAAUCUCUGCUGACUGAUUUGUCCCCGUUGGGUUGAGCAGCUGCUUACUGGGCUGAUGUCCCCUUGAAGAACUGGAAUCUCUAAUCAGGUCUAUUUACUCCAGACCACACGGAUAUAACUCUCUCUGUCAACUCUCAGGGUCAACUAGUCUGGACUUAAAAGGUAGUGGACAUUUUAUCCACCGCCAAUCCCCUUUUAAACCAACUUGUGGAAACCAGAGUUUGUGAUAUUGCAGUGGCCAUUACCUCUGCAACUUUCUAGCUUUGCCAUCUGAACAGCUGCAUUUAAUGCAUCCUGUCAAAUGGUGUAACGGGUGUCUGUGUGACCUUGGAUUGCAGAACUCCAAACUCCACUGCAAGAUGACGUCCGAGGAGCUCUUCAACCUGCCGCUCAACAUCUACAUCAUCGUCCUGAGCAUUGGCCUCUUCGUCCUCAUGCUCAGCCUCCUCUUCUGCUGCUACCUCUUCAGAUUGAGGCGACGAGGUGCUCGAGAACAGUAUGGCUACAGUGAGGUUGUUUUGAAAGGAGCCGGGAAGAAACUGAGCCUUCUUGGUCAAACAUGUGCAGUGUGUUUAGAAGAGUUUCGCAGUAAGGACGAGCUCGGGGUGUGCCCAUGUUCACAUGCUUUUCACAAGAAGUGUCUGCUAAAAUGGUUAGAAAUCCGCAGCGUCUGUCCCAUGUGCAACAAGUCCAUAUGUCGCCUCCAGCCUGCACAAUCAUCUGAGCGGCGACAAAGUCUCCUGGAGGUCUGAGAGGGGAACGCAUGUCCAGCAUUACGUCACGUUCUCCACUAAAUUGACACGUGCCACUAUAGAGGGUCCUGUUUCACUGUCCAACAGACUGUAUUAAUAGUAAAGCAUUUUGAGGCAGAGCUACUGUGGAAGAAGACAUUUUAUUUACUGGACAUUUGGAACUAAAUAACCUAACAAGCUAACUGAGAUAGAUCCGGUAAUGUUAGAGACUUUCCAACAAUAAAUGGAUUAAUGCUUCUAUUUCCAAUACCCUAGCUAGGUUGCGUUAAUGCACAAGUGCCUUAAAGCUGCAGAUUCUCCGAAGGGCCCUAAAAUCAAAUUCAGACUGAGUUACUGGUUUUGAGCUAAUCCCAGUUAUUCUGUACAUGUUGUAUAGGUGGAUUUAAAACUUUUUAGUUGCCAGGACAAUGACAAGAGCUGUGUGUGCUCAACUGCCAGGUUUUGCCAAUUUAUUUGAGUUUCUGAUUUAACCUUUUAAUCUGGGAGGAUUCUCAGUCAUCCAUGUCGUGUUUAUCCAAGAAAAUUUGAAUGGCGUGCUUGGUUUUAGAUAGUUACUAAUUGAUGAAGAUCUCUCGUCCAAGACGCUUUUUCAGUUACAGCUGACUGUUGAGGAGCCCCAGGUAUUUAACUAUGGUGGGGUCAGUAUGAAUUAUAUGACUUGGUUCGUUAGUGCCCCUGGCUGUUGUAACGACAGUUGUUUGAUGUUGGACUCGUGAAAUGUGAAUGUUGGUUAAAUUCACCGGAAAGGAAUGAAAGGACUGCAUUGUAGGUGGUGGUGUCGUGGACCUCCUCCUCUGUUGGGGGGUGGGUUCUCUACUUUGACUUAUUCUUUAGGUGUAAGUAAACACGUGAAGAGUGUGCUCCUGUUAUGAGUGAGCCAUGCAUGUGUUUAUUGGUUGGAUUGUUUCACCCAUAUGUGCAUUCCUGACUGCAUUGGACAGCAGACAUUAGAUGUAUUUUUCAGGUGUAUGGGCUUCUGGGCAGUUCAUGCCCUAGUGUGAUGCUGGGUUUGAAAUACACAGAGAUGCAGUGCUUGUUGAAGAUCAGUGUCUCAAAUACUCCAGACACGUGUAAGAUGACAGUGUUGUUGGCACAUUAUCAGCUUUGUUCUGAUAACUCCUAGCCUGUGUUCCAGUGGAGCUGGAGGAGCUUUCCACAGGAACUAGGAAACUUUGCAGAAACUGGGUCGCAAUUAAGAUCAGUGGAAAUCUUUUUUAUCCCAAAAAACGCCCCUUCAAGGGAGGUAGUACUUUGGAAAAGUAGAGAGGUGUGGUAGGGAUUGCAGUUUGGAAGAGGACUGAUUGGUUAAGUAUUCCUGCAAUAUUUUUUCAGCAGUAUGGUUUGAAUAUCUUCCAUGUUUACUGCUGUUUUGCUUAAUUGUUACAGUUUCAUCAUUGUUGUAUAAUCGUUUGCAUUGUGACCUCCUGGUCGACUGGAGUGGAACAGCUUGUUGAAGCCAUUGGUUGUUCACACAUCUCUCCUGGUCUAUGUAGACUGUGGUGGAAACAGUGGUGAACAGGUGUGAAAGAAACUUUUAAGUUCCUUGGAGAAAGUUCCUGGGGUCCAAAAGUUCCAGUUACUUUUGUUGCACGGCCGAAGAUUACUUGGACAGCAAGAGAGCCGUGAAGCUACAGGCUCGUUCUUAAUCUUUGGGUCACACCACAGAUUAGAUGUUUAUAUUUGUAUAGUCUUAUUCUUGUUUUUUAUAGCAAAAGCACAUCUGCUUAGUGGUCUUCAGUUUAAUAUUAGAUGAAGUUACAGUAACCUUUAGAACUAUGAUUAAUCCACUUAGCUUUGAUCAUCCAUCAGGCAGAGACAUGGGUGGAGCUGUGACAUUAACACGACAGCAUCAAGGAUUUAGCAUUCCUCACGACCGUCAAAUUCACAGCAUCAUCACAAGCAGUACAUUCUGUUGCUAUGGUGUCAUUGUCAGACUAUGGAGAAACCAGCCCCCUGUCACCGGCUGAGGAUCUGACCACGUUUUAAUACAUAUUCUAAAUGGUUUACUGUCUUUUUUCUCUCCGCUGUGUUCAAGUUGAAUGUGGAGUCAGAUGAUCUACUAACAUCUUAAGAAACACUCCUUCUAUGGGACAAAAACAGUUGUGUUGGGCCCUCAGCGAUUUCCAGGAUGUUAUAGUGUCACUUCUGUAACUCAGCUAAUGAGAUUAUUCCUGCCUCCAGAGCAGCUCUGCCUCUGAGACAUGUUUGUAUGACAGUUUGGCCCAUAAUUAUCUGCAGCUCCAUGCAAAUGUGAUGUGUCUUGGUCUUAGGCCUCAACUUAAGGGGCUGGAGCUCGGAAAGAGGAAGAUUCAACCACCAGACAACACCAGCUUCGGAGAACUGUUCUUGCCCCAGAAUUGAUGGGUAAUGCAGAGACUGUCGUGACAGAUGUAGAGCAUUUACAAUCAAAAUAACCAGAAUCCUGUUUAAUUGAACAAAACGGGAUAAUUGCUAACUUUAGAUAGAAUGUUGUGGUGUGUGUGUAUUGGCUGUAAUCUUCGUUUGUCUGACAGUCAAUCAGCUCCGUCCCACAGUGUGUUGCCAAACUAAAUGAAGGUAAUGAAGCCCUAAAUGGCAAGACAUCGGAGCCAUGUGGGAUCUGAGAGAAGAGACAGCUACGUGCUGUCGAAUGCGUGUUCAGCUACAACAAGGGUCUGAAGGGACUUAACCACAAAAUGCACACAGGGUUUUUAAGUUAUUUUUAACUGUUUUGUUUCAUAAUUGGCUCUUCAUCAAAUGAAUCAAGGCUCCUGACGUCUAAGAACCGCUCUGUACUGAUAUGAAUAAAAACACUGCACGGAUAUGAGGUGCCCCACGAACACCAUUCUCCAAGGGUUGGAACACACUAUGACUACUGUGCAAAUUGUAAAUGCUUUGAAUUUUCUAUUUCUGAAAAAAAAUACAGAAUCAGUGUUUUGAUAAAGUCAA